CUAUCUUAAUUAGAGAGUUAGACGUCUAUGUUGAACGAAUGCAAUGAUAUACAUUUUUAUUGGCAUACUAUUAGCUGCUUUUCCUGAAAAUGUCUGAUAUACAGUACCAGUCAAAAGUUUGGACACCUACUAAUUCCAGCGUUUUUCUUAUUUUUUAAAUAUUUUCUACAUUGUAUAAUAGUGAAUACAUCAAAACUAUGAAUUAACACAUGGAAUCAUGUAGUAACCAAAAAAGUGUUAAACAAAUAAAAAUAUGUUAUAUUUGAGGUUCUUCAAAGUAGCCAUCCUUUGCCUUGAGGACAGCUUUGCAUUCUCUUGGCAUUCUCUCAACCAGCUUCAUGAGAUAGUCACCUGGAAUGCAUUUCAAUUAAUAGGUGUGCCUUGUUAAAAGCUAAUUUGUGGAAUUUAUUUCCUUAAUGUGUUUGAGCCAAUCAAUUGUGUUGUGACAAGGUAGGGGUGGUAUACAGAAGAUCGCCUUAUUUGGUAAAAGACCACAUACAUAUUAUGGCAAGAACAGCUCAAAUAAGCAAAGAGAAACAACAGUCCAUCAUUACUUUAAGACAAUAAGGUCAGUCAAUCCAGAACAUUUCAAGAACUUUUAAAGUUUCUUCAGUUGCAAGUCGCAAAAACCAUCAAGCGCUAUGAUGAAACUGGCUCUCAUGAGGACCGCCACAUGAAAGGAAGACCCAGAGUUACUUUUGCUGCAGAGGAUAAGUACAUUAGUUAACUGCAUCUCAGAUUGCAACGCAAAUAAAUGCUUGAGUUCUAGUAACGGAUACAUCUCAACAUCAACUGUUCAGAUGAGAACAAACUCUACUUAUUUAUUUAGAAUGCAAAAGACACUUAACCAGCAUGGCUACCACAGCAUUCUGCAGCAAUACACGAUCCCAUCUGGUUUGCACUUAGUGGGACUAUCAUUUAUUUUUCAACAGGACAAUGACCCAAAACACACCUCCAGGCUGUGUAAGGGCUAUUUAACCAAGAAGGAGAGUGAUGGAGUGCUGCAUCAGAUGACCUGGCCUCCACAAUCACCUGACCUCAACCCAAUUGAGAUGGUUUGGGAUGAGUUGGACUCCAAAGUGAAGGAAAAGGAUCAUCUUGUCUUGUCUGGACCCAGUGCAGAUCUAGGAUCAUUGUUGCUUUUAGAUCAUAAUGUAUCAAAUUACAUGGACUGGUGGGACCUGACCCUAGAUCAGCACUCCUACUCUUGGAUGCUUUGUGAAUAUGGGCUCUGGUGUGAUCUUAGGCAUACCCCCACCCACCCUUCUUUCUGUGUAUCCCCUGAUAGAGGACCUGAACUCCUGGUCGUGCUGUCGUUCUGACUGCAGCUGUGGACCCAUGGCCUGAUUUCACUGUGUAUGCUACCUUGUUCCGGACCCCUGCUUAUCAAGCUUAGCCAGAAAAACAGCACUGUAAGCAGCCCUAAGGCAACAGAAGACCAGGUCUGGCCGCCCAGGGAGCGUGCAGGGUUCUGGUGUAGGGUGCCCUGGCCACUGGGCCUAUGGAGCAGAUCCACUGGGUGAGACGCCGCUGGCAGCAGCUGGUUGCCGCAGAUUCAGGUCGAGGCCAGUACUCGGCCCCUGCCGCCCUACCCACCAAGAGUUCCCCAGUGCUCCACAACACACAGCUGCUCACUGGCAAACGGAGGACGGUCAUCGCCCGGCACGGACACCACCAGCAUGAGUACCACAGCAUCUCCAAGGGAUGCCAAGGCAACAGCAUCCGUACCACCAAGUACAGCCUUCUGAGCUUCAUUCCCAUGAACCUGUUCCAGCAAUUCCACAGGGUGGCCAACCUGUACUUCCUGUUCCUGGUGAUGCUGAACUGGAUCCCAGUGGUGGAGGCGUUUCAGAAGGAGAUCACCAUGAUUCCCCUGGUAGUGGUGCUCAUCGUCAUCGCCAUCAAGGAUGCCCUGGAGGACUACCGCCGCUACCGCUUUGACCAGAAGGUCAACAACAACAUCGUUACAGUGUACAGCGGGAAACGGCAGACGUAUGUGGACCAGCGUUGGCAGGAUGUCCAUGUGGGGGACUUUGUCCGUCUGUCCUGUAAUGAGAUCAUCCCUGCAGACAUGCUGCUGCUGUACUCCUCUGACCCCCACGGCGUCUGCUACAUCGAGACGGCCAACCUGGACGGGGAGACCAACCUCAAACAGAGACAAGUGGUCCGAGAUCUGCCACGACAGGGUUCUGAGUUGACUCCAGAGAACUUCCACAGCCGCAUAGAAUGUGAGAACCCCAACAACGACCUCAGCCGGUUCCGAGGUUUCAUGGAGUACCCCAGUAAGGCUCGUGUGGGCUUACACAACAACAACCUCCUUCUGCGAAGCUGCACCAUCCGCAACACGGAGACCGUCAUAGGCAUUGUGGUCUAUGCAGGUCACGAGACCAAAGCCAUGAAGAACAACAAUGGACCGAGGUAUAAACGCAGUAAAUUGGAGCGCAGGCUGAACGUGGACGUGCUGUGGAGCGUUGUCCUGCUGGUCAUCAUGUGUCUGACUGCAGCUAUAGGCCAUGGUCUCUGGCUCAGGAACCUGAAGGAUGCUUCCUUUCUGAUCCCUGACACCACGUCUCCUGCCCUGUCUGGCUUCUACCUGUUCUGGACCAUGAUCAUAGUUUUACAGGUGCUCAUCCCCAUCUCCCUGUAUGUUUCCAUCGAGAUCGUCAAACUGUGUCAAAUCUUCUUCAUCCAGAACGACGUGGACUUCUAUAAUGAGUAUAUGGACUCCAGGAUCCAGUGUCGGGCCCUGAACAUCACAGAGGACCUGGGUCAGAUUCAGUAUGUGUUCUCAGACAAGACUGGCACGCUGACAGAGAACAAGAUGGUGUUCCGGCGCUGCACCAUUGCUGGGGUCGAGUACCCCCACGAGGAAAAUUCGAGGAGGCUUGAAGUGUACGAGGAGGAUGAGGCGAUGGGUUGCUCCCACACGCUCAAGUCACGUGCCAGCGCCAAGUCCCUGAGCUGCAAGUCACUCAGCUGCAACCGCAGCUCUGUGUCCCUGCACACACUGACAGGUCACUCUGAGGGGGAGGAGUCACCCAGCCCCACCUUGCCCCGACACAGCGCCUUCAGUAGCCCCAUGGAGAAGGAUAUAGUCCCAGACCCUUUCCUGGUUCAGAAGCUGAACUGUCUGUCCUCUCCACUCUUCCUUCUGAGGGACGCCAGUAUGGAGCUCACCUACAUCGUUGACUUCUUCAUGGCUCUGGCCAUCUGCAACACGGUAGUGGUGUCUUCUCCCAACCAGCCCCGCCAUGUGGUCCAGGUGCCAGAGGUCUCCCGUACCCCCCUUAAAUCCCUGGAGGACAUCAAGAUGCUGUUCCAGUGUUUUGGCCUCCCCCGCUUCUCCACACUCUCUCCUCCCCACACUACAGAGAGCCCUCGCAGCUUCACACGCAGGCUCUUUUCCAGGGGAAAAGCAGCCUCAUUCACACCCAGCCCCUCCCCUACCCUCACCAAGCUGGGUACAGAGCCAGACGGGGAGCAUAACCUUGAGGCCUCCAUCCUAAGUAUCAAACCAGGGCUGGAUGGGGUCCCUGGAGAGGAUGGGGACCAAGGGUAUGAGGAGGAGGGAGAGCAUGGCUCUUGGAAAGGUGAAGAGGACAAGAUGUUCCACCUCAACCCGGGGGCCUGGAGCGGACUGGAGAACUCAAACGGAGCCGAAGGCCCUCCCAGUGAACCUGGGGCAGAUGAACUGAUCUAUGAGGCGGAGAGCCCUGACGAGGCGGCUCUGGUCCACGCGGCCAGGGCCUACCGCUGCACCCUGCAGGGACGCUCACUCGAGCGCCUUCUGGUGGAGCUGCCAGGGAUGGGCAGCCUGGCUGUGCGCCUGCUCCACAUCCUGCCCUUCGACUCCACCCGCAAGAGGAUGUCUGUGGUGGUCCGCCACCUACUCACCAAGCAGGUGGUGGUCUACACCAAGGGAGCAGACUCGGUCAUCAUGGACCUGGCAGAGUCACCUAAAGGUGCUGAGCAGUCAGACGGGAGACAGGGUCACAUCAGAGAACAAACCCAGAAACACCUAGACAACUACGCCAGGGAAGGCCUUCGCACCCUCUGCAUCGCUAAGAAGGUUUUGGAGGAGGAGGAGUAUGACAUUUGGUUGAAGCGUCAUGCAUUUGCAGAAACCAGUAUAGAGAACAGAGAGGAGCUUCUACUGGAGUCUGCACAGAGACUGGAAACCAACCUCACCCUACUGGGGGCAACAGGGAUUGUGGAUAGACUGCAGGAAGAGGUGCCAGAGACCAUUGAGGCACUACAGAGAGCAGGGGUCAAAGUAUGGGUCCUCACAGGGGACAAACAAGAGACUGCCAUAAAUAUUGCCUGUGCCUGCAAACUGCUCAGGACCACAGACCAACUGCUGACUGCUAACUGUGGUAGCAAGGAGGCCUGCAAGGCCUUGUUGCUGGAGCUGCGGGCGGAGGUGGAGCGUGGCGAGGCAGCUGAGGGCACGUCAGGCUUCACCCUGGUGGUGGACGGGCGCACGCUGGACUUCGCCCUGCAGGAGGACCUGAAAGGGGACUUCCUGGAGCUGAGCCGGCGCUGCAGGUCCGUGGUCUGCUGCCGUUCCACUCCACUUCAGAAGAGCCAUGUGGUACAACUGGUACGGGACCAGCUCCGAGUUAUGACCCUCGCCAUAGGUGAUGGAGCCAAUGAUGUCAGUAUGAUCCAGGUGGCAGAUGUUGGCAUUGGGAUAUCUGGCCAGGAGGGCAUGCAGGCUGUGAUGUCCAGUGACUUUGCCAUCUCCAGGUUUAAACACCUUCGCAAGCUGCUGUUGGUCCAUGGCCACUGGUGCUACACACGCCUGGCCAACAUGAUUCUCUACUUCUUCUACAAGAAUGUGAUGUAUGUGAAUCUGCUGUUCUGGUACCAGUUCUUCUGUGGUUUCUCGGCGAGCGCCAUGACCAACUCCUGGGUGCUCAUCAUCUUCAACCUCCUCUUCACCUCCGCCCCUCCCCUUCUCUACGGGAUCCUGGACAAAGACGUGUCUGCAGACACCCUCAUUAAGUUACCGGAACUCUACAAAUCCGGACAGAAUUCCAAGGCCUACCUCCCUUCUACCUUUUGGCUGACGAUGCUGGACGCUCUUUACCAAAGCCUUGUCUGUUUCUUCAUUCCUUACUUUGCAUAUGCAGGGUCAGAUGCAGACAUGCUCUCCUUUGGGUCUCCCAUCAAUGCCUCGGCCCUCCUCAUCAUCCUACUACACCAGGUCAUCGAGAGCCGCACACUGACAUGGCUACAUGUGUUAGUGCUGGUGGGUAGUGCUCUCUUCUACUUCUCUUUCACCCUGGUCUUCAGUGUGGUGUGUGUGACGUGUAGUCCCCCCACCAAUCCCCUUGGUGUGGACAAGCUACAGAUGUCCCAACCAAUCUUCUAUGGAGUGUGUGCCCUCACCACCGUGGUGGCACUGCUACCAAGAUUCCUGUUCCAUGCAUUGCGCAACAGCAUCUCCCCCUCUGACACACUGAAGGCUGCUCUGAUGGACCAGCUCAACCCAGACAACUACUGUAGGAGGAUCCAGCACUGGAACCAGACCCAGGCCCAGAGUAAAGCCAGGGGUCUCGUCAUCAACGUGGAAGACUUGGACAUCAAGAUCCCUGACUUUAUACUCCCUAAAGAGCUGAAGGAAUGCAGAGCUGCCACUGGCUCUGUGCUCUCCUGACCUCAGAGGCUACAGGAGGUGGCAACCAUAGAAAUAGAAAGAAAAGAAUAGUCCCAUUCAAGUCAUUGAUGGCAUAAUUGGUGGACAUGUGGCCAUUGUGAGUGUACGCAUAGGAGCAAAGAAGGAAGUAAAAGCAGGAAGUAAAAGCUGGAAGUGUACCCAUCAAUCUGUGCUGUGAUUUGUUGAAUUAACUCAACUGACAUUAUAAAAAGUACAUUCCAUUUCAUGAGCCACAUCAGUUAGAAUCAUUUGAAUGAACAUUAUACAUUAACAUGGAAAUUAUUUAAUCACAAUAGCAGGCAGCCAUUGCUAGAGUACCCAUGAGUUUACCAGUCAAAUUGCAAGGGUUAGAGGUUCCAAGCCUGUGCUAUUCAUUAUUUACAUGGUGGCUACAAGGUUCAACCCUAACACCCUUCAAAGCUAGCUGCCUUGCAUGCGUUGCUCACUGGUGAUGGUUAAGAUCACCAUGCUGUCUAUCCAGGGAAAAGAGAUGGAUGUUUCUCACAUGUGCCUAGAGUUGCAUUAACAUGGAGUCAUGGUCCCUUGAUUAAAUAUUCGUGAUGUGGACACCUAGAUAUUAAUAAAUGUGUGUCUGCUGUACGGUAGGACUUUGACACAAUCCAGUGUCCAUGGUGAAGAGGCCCCUUCACAGUGCACCUUACCCGAACACUGCGAGGUGUGGUCCACUCUGGCCCUCUUCAGUGUGCACUGAGCAUGUAGAGAACAGAAUGCUAUUAGUUAUCAUUAUUAGUUAUUGAGCUGCGUACACUUAUUUUUAAAGUUAGCAUCAAGCUAUGACUCCUUUUGUGUUUAGGCACAACUCUUCGACGUUGGCGUUUCUUAAACAAACACUCCAAAAUAACAUUGUAAAUUAUGCAUAUGAACCUUGGACACAGAGGUCCCAUUGAAGGGCUAGACCAAAUCAAAAUGCUGUAAAGUGUCCUUUUCUUUCUGAAUCGCACUUGAAUUCAUUUUGACUGGAGUUGAAAUGGAUUUGGCAUGGACCUGACCUUUCUCACCACUGUUUUCCUCUGACCUGUAGUUGAGUAAAGCAGUCCACUAAAACAUGGGAUAUAUUUAUUUAACAUGUAUUUCCUUGUUGAGAUACAAUCUCUUUUUGAGAAAGUCCUGACCAAAGUGACAGCACACGUUUAGUUACAAGACAAGAACCAAAAUGCUAUGUACAGUUACACACUGACACAAUGAAAAUGAAAUGUGGGAAUUGAUUGAAGGCUUGGGGUUUCAAAAGCAAGACAACCAAAAGUGCAACUUAGUAGGCCUAAGUGCAGGAGGAGGAUUCAGGUAUGGCGCUCUAUAUGUGAAGUAGGCUUCAGUAAAAAUACUUUAAAGCACUACUUAAGUUGUUUUUUGGGGAUAUCUUUACUAUUUAUAUUUUUGACAACUUUUACUUUACUACAUUCCUAAAGAAAACAAUGUACUUUUUACUCCAUACCUUUUCUCUGACACCCAAAACAAUCAUUACAUUUUGAAUGCAUAGCAGGACAGGAAAAUUGUCCAAUUCACACACUUCACACAUCAAGAGAACAUCCCUGGUCAUCCCUACUGCCUCUGAUCUGGCAGACUCACUAAACACAAAUGCUUUGUUUGUAAAUUAUGUGUUUGAGUGUGCCCCUGGCUAUCUGUAAAUUAAAAAACACAUUGUGGUUUGCUUAAUAUAAGGAAUUUGAAAUGAUUUAUACUUUUGAUACUUAAGUAUAUAUUUAGCAAUUACAUUUACUUUUAAUACUUAAGUAUACUUAAAACCAAAUACUUUUAGACUUUUACUCAAGUAGCAUUUUACUGGGUGACUUUCACUUUUACUUGAGUCAUUUUCUAUCAAGGUAUCAUUAAGUAUGACAAUUGGGUACUUUUUCCACCACUGGAAAUAGGCUUUACAAAUGUUCUCUUGAGUUUGCCUGGAUAUGGCAUUGGCAUUUAUAUCUACUUCUGAGAAGUGACGUUUUUCUCUACCACAUGCAAUUCUGACCUGGUUUGGUCUUUUUUAGACAGACCAUCCUCAGUAUUUUAUGUGGUAACAUUAGACUGAUGUAUUUUUUUUAUAAUAAAUUUUUACAGUACAAUCCUGCAUAUCAAAUCCUGUACAACAUGGCAAAGGCAGCUGAUUUGAAUAUAGUCCAAUUGAAAAAGUUUCAGAGCAAUGAUUAGAAGUCAUUAUUUUAUAUGAACUUAAUUCCAAAUGUGUGUACUGUAUCAGAUAUUGGUAUAAAUACAUUAGCAACUCA